AUGGCCGUUGAAACUCCAAAAAUUGCGAUCCUCAGUGUCUACAACAAAACUGGCAUUCUUGAUCUCGCCAAUGGACUACAGAAGAAAGGCGUCCGGCAAGUUCAUGGGGGGAUUUUGGCCCGUGACACGGCAGAAGACAAAGUUGACCUUGCAAAUGAAAACAUUCAGAUGAUUGAUUAUGUCAUUUGCAACUUGUAUCCGUUCAAAGAGACUGCUCAGAAGAUCAAUGUCACUAUCCCUGAGGCAGUCGAGGAGAUAGACAUCGGAGGCGUCACUCUACUUCGAGCAGCAGCGAAAAACCAUGCUAGGGUCACCGUUCUUUCUGAUCCUAACGACUAUCCAGACUUUCUUCAAGAGCUUAGCAAACACGAGCAAGGCGAGAUUUCCGAGACCAGUAGACAACUGUAUGCUCUAAAGGUAGGCCCCAUUCUUUUACGACGAUCACCCUGUUUACAGAAAUAUCAGGCCUUCGAGCAUACGGCAGAUUACGACGACGCGAUAUCUGGAUUCUUCCGCAAGAAGUAUGCAAGUGACGGUCUCAAACAUCUAACAUUACGCUAUGGCACAAAUCCACAUCAAAAGCCAGCGUCAGCAUUCGUCAAAGAAGGGCAACUCCCCAUCAAGGUGCUCUGCGGCUCACCAGGCUACGUGAAUCUUCUAGACUCUCUCAACGCUUGGCCGUUAGUCAAGGAACUAAAGAAGGCACUCAAUCUUCCUGCUGCUGCAAGCUUCAAGCACGUGAGUCCGGCUGGAGCCGCAGUAGGCGUGAAAUUAUCUCAGAUAGACCGAGAGGUCUGUAUGGUCGACGAUAUCAAGGGAAUCGAAGACUCGCCUUUGGCUCAGGCCUACGCUCGUGCGCGUGGAAGUGACCGUGUUUCUUCGUAUGGAGAUGUGAUUGCUUUGUCAGACGAAGUAGACGGAACGACAGCGAGAGUCAUAUCAAGAGAAGUUUCUGACGGAGUCAUCGCCCCAGCUUAUUCGAGAGAAGCUCUUGAGAUUUUGUCUAAGAAAAAGGGCGGGAAGUAUCUGGUCCUACAAAUUGACGAAACGUACGAACCCAGCACCAUUGAGACUAGAUCACUCUAUGGCAUGAACCUUCAGCAACACCGAAAUGAUGUUCAGAUUUCCCCUCAAGAGACAUUCAAGUCUAUUGUCACCCCCAAAGACCUUUCUAAACUCGAAGACCAUGCUUUGCGAGAUCUUACGGUAGCGACAAUUGCGCUCAAAUACACGCAGUCUAACUCGGUCUGCUACGCAUACAACGGUCAGGUCAUCGGCCUAGGCGCAGGGCAACAGUCGCGCAUACAUUGCACGCGGCUCGCGGGCGACAAAGCCGAUAGCUGGUGGAUGCGAAAUCAUGAGCGGGCGCGUAAGCUAAAGUGGAAGGCUGGAGUGAAGCGACCGGAUAAGAGCAAUGCAAUUGACAUGCUUUGUAGCAAUCAGGUGCCACAGGCUGGCAAAGAGAAAGUGGAGUAUGAGAAGCUAUUUGAGGAGGUGCCACCAGAAUUCUCGGUCAAAGAGAGGAAGCUAUGGAUGGACGAGCUUCAACAACAGAAAGUGGUGCUGUCAAGCGAUGCAUUCUUCCCAUUCAUUGACAAUGUUCUUCGCGCAGGCCGAUCAGGAGUGAAAUACAUUGCAGCGCCGAUGGGAAGCCAGGCGGACGAAGCAGUGGUUGAAGCCUGUGAAACUUACAACCCGCCAAUCACUUUUGUGGAUCAGAAGACGAGACUAUUCCAACACUAA